UAUGGAUAGCUUAGGUUUUAAGCUGACUAAAACAGUAGUUUCUUCGAUUCUGAACCAUUUUUAAGCCAACUUGCUUCAGAAGAGGAUUUGGGAAAAGUUCAUUUUCAUCUGCUGAUUACAUGUAUUUCCACUAACUAACUAACUUGGCCAGUGACUGCUGGCAUCAAUGGAGAGAAGCCAACGCAAAUGCAAGACGACAUUAUCCGCUUUGCCCCAAAAGUCGACUUUAAUCCGUGGCGCUAAGCACGCAACUGCAGAAAAUCAAGUUGGAGCAACUUGGGGCAUAGUUUGUUGGCCAAAUAAAUCACGCAGCCAAAGCCACCGAAAUCCUGGCAAUCGAAGAGGACAACAAAGUAGACAAGGAAUGGGAAUGCACGCAAUGAUAAAUCGAAAAUAUUUUCACUUGUUUACACAAAACAAUUCGGAGCGACAGACAAUCGGAGGAAAGCUUGACAAAAAUGUCCAACAUCUUCCCCAAGUUUUCCAUUUGACCAGCACUCAAUAAAAAGUAACACAGACUCCUCCAACCACCAGUGGUGGUCACUUACACUGGCAGAAAACUGCAGGCAUAGUUUCGAAUAAGUCCAAAUAAAUACAACAAAUUUCAUAAUUCAUAUUAAGCUAAGGUUUUAUUACUUAUUAUUAUAAAAAGUAUGUACAAUAGCGUGUGGAAAAUGAAUUCCAUUUUAGAUUUUCCCUAGUUUUUCCGACUGCAGCAGCUCCUUUUAAUGAACGAACAAACAGUCGAGCCAACGGAGGAUUACGCUGCCAAUGGACAGUGACUUGCACCGCGCCUUCCCGAGUCGAGUUGAGUAAACAACUGGCGCGUCCUUGUCCACUUUUAGUCCUGCGCCCCCCGCACUCGCCCCUUCGGGUGUUAAUUGUGUGCGUGAUUUAAGCGUCGACGGGGCAGGGGAGCCAGUCGAGAUCCGGAGCCACCCGCCGACCAUUUCGAAUAAUUGCUUUUUGAUUGAGUUCAAUGCUGCGGAGGCUUUCCUCCGCGCUAACUUAAAUUUGAAUGUCCAAUUUAAUUGCACCCGUCGAGCGAAGCGCAUCCGAGCAUUUUCGUUCCUCUAAAGUAGAGCUAUGCUAUAUCCACUGGAACUGCCAAGAGCCCGUCGUCCACUUUACAGGGAUUACGGCGGCAAAUCGGGGCUCAUCCAGACGCAGCAGGAUGCCAGGAAGGGCAGUCGUCUGGGAAAACUAUGGCACUUCAUGCUGCCAUACCUCAAGGAUUACGCAGCGGAGUCCUCCGUGCACGGCAUACGAUAUCUGGCGGAUCCCAAGAUGAGGAAGUUCGAGAGGGUGAUUUGGCUGCUGAUUCUGGUGACCACCAGCAUAGGUGCCAUCGUGGUUUAUGUGGACCUCAACGAACUUUACCAAACGGUACGCAUACAGACCACCAUUAAGAACACGAUGCUCCCGAUCUUCCGCAUACCAUUCCCCUCGAUUGGUCUCUGUCCGAGGAACCGGCUGAACUGGAUUAUGCUGGAGAACGAGGCAGUCGAUCACUUCCUGGGAGCCAACGCGUCUGCUGCCCAAAAGGACCUCUUCGUAAAGUUCUUCACUGCGGCAGGCGAUCCACACUUGUCGCGCCUCAAUGAAAUGUCCAACUUCUUUAGGAACAAAACUCUGACUGAUGAGCUUCACAUGCUGGAUCAUCUCGACCUUCGCGAGGUCUACAAGUUCAUCCAGUUUAGGUGCCAGGACCUCUUUCACACCUGCCGUUGGCGGGGAAACCCAGUGAACUGUUGCGAGGUCAUUGAAUACCAGUUCACAGAGGCCGGAUUGUGUUUUGUCUUCAACACGGAAAUUAGUCCUGAAUCGCGACAAAAAGCUAAGGAAGACAAAUAUUAUCCCCUGCGCACCCCGCAGUAUGGCGAGGGCUCCGGCCUGGAUCUCUUCCUGCGGCUCAACAGAUCUUUCAUUCGUCCUGGAAAGCGGGGCAUCAAUGUGAUGAUCAAGCAGCCGCAGCAGUGGAGCGACGUGGUGCGCCACGUGCCACAUGAAGCCCACACCAGGAUCAGCGUAACACCCCGUUUCACAGUCACGGAUGAACGAACCCGGACGGUGACUCCGGAGGUCAGAAGAUGUAUCUUUGGCGAUGAGGUCGACCAUCCGCAUUACAAAAAUUUUCCAGACUUCGAGUACUGGUUUGGAAACUGCCGGAGCAGAUGCCAUCAGGAGCAUGUCCUCAAUCUGUGCAAGUGCUCUCCCUCGAUCUUUUUUCCCGUCUCAGAUAAAGACAACUUCACUGCAUGCAGAGCUUCGGACUUCAAGUGCCUCUACGACAACAGAUUUACCUUCAGCAUAGAACGGCAUCCCGAGGAGGAUGAUUUUGUUAAAAAUCCCUUUAAGGAAAGCAUGAUCUGCGACUGCUUUACCAGCUGCACUCAGCUGGUUUUCGACCGGGUUUACACCACUACCACUCUUGAUAAUAAUGAAACGGACACCGAGGCGGGCACAAUGCGCUUGGAUAUUUUCUACCAAUCCGGUUGGCUUAUCCAAUACCAAACCACCAUGAGAUUUACCUUUGUGGAACUACUGGCUAGCUUUGGUGGCAUAAUCGGACUGUUCUUAGGAGCCUCCUUACUGAGUGCCUUUGAGUUGGCCUACUACUUCUCAAUCGGGCUCUAUUUGUACAUUCAUGGCAAGAGAAAGUUAAAGAAACCAGAACCCCGCGUUUUAACUAUUCAAUUUGGCCAGAGAAAAAUAACACCAAUUAAAUUUUGAAAUUAAAUAUUUAAUAAAUACAGCAUAUCAUUACCACACAUUUUUUCUGUA